AGAUCACUUUUGAUUGGUCCACCCUCGUCAUGGUCACUCUCAGCAGCAGCUACUUUGGGAACGUCGGUGGGCUCUGUGGUAACUACAACGGAGACAAGGAUGAUGAAUUGACGACCUCCGGAGGGCAAAAGGCUAGGAGUGUGGUAGCAUGGGCGGAAUCAUGGAGCUUCCCUGACGGAGAUCCAUUCUGUUUCCACGAGUGUAAAGGGACCUGUCCACAAUGCUCCAAGGAAGACCAGGAGAAGUACCUGGGUCCUAAGUUCUGUGGGAUCCUGAGUAAAAAGGAUGGCCCCUUCGCCAGCUGCCAUGCUACUCUUCCAGUAAAAGACUUUGUGGAGAACUGUCUGUACGACGUCUGCUUGAACCAAGGGCGUCAGGAGGUGCUGUGUGAGGCUCUGGGAAACUACAUGGCCGAGUGCCAGGAAAACAACGCAUCGGUGUCCUCAUGGAGACUACAGGCUGGCUGUCCCACUCCUUGUCCUGAACACAGCCACUACAAGGAGUGCGGUUCGGCAUGUCCAGCCAGCUGUGGUCCUGAACCUGAAGUGUGCCCGGAGAUCUGUGUAGAAGGCUGUUUCUGUGAUGAGGGAUACGUAAGAAGUGGAAAAGACUGUGUUAAGAAGGAGAGCUGCGGCUGUAGCCAUGAAGGAAAAUACUACCAACCCGGUCAGAAGUUCUGGGGUGACUCACAGUGCAACGAGAAGUGUAUUUGUGACACAACAACUCGGAAGGUUCGCUGUACGCCGGCAGGAUGUCCCGUCGGGGAGACGUGCAGUAUCAAAGACGGAGUCCAGGACUGUUACCCAAACAGCUUUAAGGUGUGCACGGCUCGUGGAGACCCACACUUCCGCUCCUUCGAUGGACACAAGUAUGACUUCCAGGGGAACUGUUUGUACCGGCUGGUUGGCAUGUGUGAAGAAAACAAAGAAAACAAAGAGCUGGAACAGUUUGAGGUCACUUUGGAGAACAACAACCGGGGCAACAGCAGAGUGUCGUAUGCAAAAGCUGUGACACUGAAAUUCUCAGAUAAAACAUUCACUCUUUCACAGAAAUACUACGGCAGAGUCCUGGUGGAUGGCGUUAUAGAGUCUCUGCCAUUUUCCUGGAACAAGGAUCAGGUUCAGGUGUAUCGCAGUCACAGACAUGCCGUCAUAGAGACUCACUUCAUACGGGUGUCCUAUGACUUCAUGAGCUCAGUGAAGGUCGAACUGGCGCCUCACUAUAAGAACGCCAUUUGUGGCCUUUGUGGAAACAUGAACGGAGAUCCAUCCGAUGACCUGACGCUGCCCGACGGAACCAAGGCUGUUGACGCCAACCAAUUCGGAGUGAGCCAAUGGGUGGCUGACACGGACGGCUGCUCCCAUGAGUGUAAGGACUGCCCGCCGCCUCUUCCACCCAACUUCAUUCCACCGUUUUACACGAAGGUUUGUGACAUCAUCACAGCAGAGGAUGGACCUCUGGCUGAUUGUUCAAGGUUCCUGGACUCCAAACAGUUCCACCAUGACUGCGUCUAUGACAUUUUCCUCAACAAUGGCAACGAGGGCGUCGCCUGUGACAUCAUUAGCAACUAUGUUGAGGAGUGCCAGAGUAGCGGAGGCAACGUGAAGCUGUGGAGGACGGAGAAGUUCUGCCCGAUGAAGUGUCCUGAUUUCAGCGAGUACAGUCUCACCGCUCCUGGCUGUCCUGUCUCCUGUAAUGCUCGCUCUCCUCCCCCACGGUGUAAGAUCCCUCCAGCUGAGGGCUGUGUCUGUAAGACAGGAUACCUGCUGAGUAAGGAACGCUGUGUGAAACUGCCCGACUGUGGCUGUACCUACGAGGGUCAUUACCUGGAGGAGGGGGAGACGUUCCAGACAGAUCGCUGUGGAUCUUUCUGCAAGUGUCUCAACGGGUUGGUGCUGUGCAUCGAAACACGCUGCAAAGCCAAACAGAAGUGUGCUGUGGUGGAUGGAGUGAGGGGCUGCUACAGCAAGAAACAACUUAAGAUUCUAAAGAAAGUGGAGGAGGAGGAGGAGGAAGACGAGGAAGAGGAAGACGAGGAGGAGGAAGAUGAAAUGAAGGGUUCCAAAGAUAAGGAGAAGGGUAAAAAGAAGGGUAAAAAGGAUAAAAAGAAGGAUAAGAUGAAGGGUAAAAAGAAGGGUAGAAAGGAUAAAAAGAAGGAUUAGAUGAAGGGUAAAAAAAGGGUCCACAUGGUGAAAAGGAGAGCAAAAUGAAGGAUUCCCAAGGUAAGGCGGAGAAGGGUGAAAUGAAGGAGGGCAAAGGAAGAUGAAGGGUAAAAUGAUGAGUCAUAAUGGUUAAGAGGAUGACAUCCACAGCUUAUUCUUCUCUUCUAAAAUCAAAUUAUUAAGAGUAAAUUCAGCAUGUUGUUUGUGUACUGAGAGUUAUUUAAGGUUCUUCUGUGGUGACAAGAUGUCCUUUGGUGAUUUAGGAUCCUUUAUUUCCAAAAUCAGGUGGAUAUUUCUUAGACGAUGGUGAUUAGAUUAUUACAUUACUUCUUGUCACUUCACUUUGGACACUUUUGCUAAAAGUGUCCUGUUAAUUUAAAGGCAUUUCUACAGCCGGUAGUGUUUCAGUAUGAUCAAAUAUACUGUAUGAUAUGUAAUGUCAGUGACUAUGUUUCCACACAUCAGUAAACUAAUCAUGACCUGAUUUCUGGAGUUACCAAGCAUCUAGUUUAAUCUGGUUUAAUUCUUGUAGAACAUCUUCAGGUAGCCAGUAGCAGAAGAAGAAACUGAAGAGUGGAACUGAAAUGACUGACAUGCUGGACCAAAAGAAGGACAUGAAUAACCUUCAUCUAAAAGAUGGGGGGAAGUAAAGAAGUGGUGAAAUAUGUUAGAAAUUGUCUAUGAAAAUGAUAAUGGGGUAAACAAGAAACAUAGGAAAAUUUUACUUUAGCUAGAAAUCAUUCAUCACCAAGGAGUUUUCCAAUAAUCUAAAAUCUAAUCUAAACUAGAGUGCCUGAAAAUAUUUAUCAGAUUAUAACCAUUAUCUUAUCCAUUCAUAUGAUCCUGUAAACAUACUCACUGAUUAUGACUUAACUCUGAUGCAACUGUGUAAAUCACACCAAUCAGCUUCCUGAUGAAUUAUCUUUCCAUGCUCACAUUCAUACUUUGUGGUCUGUAAAAUUACAUUCCAGUCUUGGGUUAUCAAAUAUUUGUGAUGAUCAAUAAACAGAUUUCAGCAGCA